UAUAGAAGAUAUAAUAAAAUGGAAAUUACAAUGCUCAAUUACUCUUUUGUAUUUAAGAUAACUACUCUUUUCUCUGUGUUAAUGUUAAAGACAAUACUGUGUCAAGACAAUUUUAAAAAUAUCCCAACUCCUGAUUACAUAAAAGUGGUUGAAGUUCCUGAUCAAAUUGAUGAACCUUAUCAACUUAACGAUAGCAUGAAGCUCAACCCCAAUGACUUCGAUGUUGUCAUGUUUGAGACUCAUACCAAGAGAGUCCUCCAGGCUUCCAACACCACCUCCACUGCUGCUGGUAACGGAACUGUCAACAUCGAGCCUUUCAAAAUGUACACAGUGACUGUGACUUCAAGAGCCUCGAACAGCGCUCUCAGAAACAACGGAGAAGACAAGUUCUACGUCCGGAUCCAGAAUGAGUGCACUUACUCCAACCAGACAACAUGCACGGAAGUGGGCGGAGCCGCCAACACAGUGCCGACUCCAUACGAAGGACUGAUGACAUACAAUGGAGACUCCACUUACUCGUACAACUAUACGCUCAGCGUGACUGGAAAGAUAUCCGUGACAGUAUUUCUCAGGAACACUGGCAGAGUCAUGGUUGAGUGGCACAGAAAUCAAUAUCUCUCUAACUUUUAUACUAACCAAGAAGUGACUUGGAUAAGUAAUAAUUGGGGUUAUGGUCAACCCUGUUGAGGAAGAUCAGAUUACGUAAGUGCAAAAUAUAGAUCAUACUUACGACCAAAUAUCUCAGGAUCUUACUUAUUCGAUUUAUACCAACUCAGACAGAGGAGCAUCUUUUUAUAUCGAAGGAGUCAAUAAAUACA